AUGUUUUUACUACGCUCUAGGCAGUUAAUAAAGCCGGAAAUUAUUAAAUUUAAUCUACAAGCCUCCCGUAAUUUGCAAUAUAUUCAAGGUCAGUCUCCGGAGCCAAAGAUACGUGAAUACUUUUACUACAUAGAUCAUGAGGGAAUGCUCUUUCUGGACGAUGCCAAAAUGAAGAACUUUACCAGCUGCUUCAAGGAAAAAGACUUUCUCCGGUUCUUCUUCUCUCGACUACGGCUGAACCACACGGACAGAUACGAAAAAGACUUUCCCUACAUUUCCCUUUGCGGCCGGGAGAGAAACUUUAUAAGGUGUGAUGAUACGCCGGUUGUUUUCACGGAGCAGAUAAACAAGGAUGACAGCGAGGUUCUCAGCUAUGCCCACUCGGGGCAAGUCCUUACACAGGCCUACGAGCCUCAAAAAUUAUAUAUGGAUCCAAGAAAUGGAAGGGUUUAUCACCCAGCAAAGCCCCAAGUAGGUGGCAUUGGGCUGGUUCGCUCCAAGUUGGCAAUAGAGCUAAGCCAGCACUUUGAAUUUCCGGCAGGCGACCCAUCUCCCUCUCAUUUCCUUUGGAACGGAGAAAGGCUGAAGCUGGAAAACGACUGGGUCAAGGAUACUAAACGAUUUCCAAUGAACGAGGAGUGUAUAUAAUAUAGAUUACAAUUGAGACAUUACAGUUAUAUAUAGCUUAUAUGUUACAA